GGCAGAGCUCCCCCUCCGCCACCGCGCCGCGCUCGCCGCCACCGCCACCGCCGCCUCCCGUUCGUUCUCAAGGUUCUCUCCCCGCGACCGCUCCAAGUCCCAACCUCCAUCGACGGGGAGGCGUCCUCCAGUCGGGCCGGUUAGAUUCAUCGCCUUCCUUGUCGCUGGCCCUCGGCCUUUCCCUCUGCUGUUGUGGGUAGAAGCGACUCGCGCACGCGCUCGGCCAGCCGAUUAAAGCACGGGGCGGGGCCGUACGCAGGGGCGAGCGCGAGGGCUCUCUGGCGAGAAGGCGCCGAGGCACGCGAGGCUGCCGCCGUACUGAGUUUGCAGUCCGGGGCGUAGCAGUUUUUUGGCCCGGAGGUGUGGAAGCGGAGAGCGAUGGCUGCGCCGAGGAAGGGGACGGCGACGCCGCUGGGCGCCGUAUUCUCCCCGGAGGAGACGAAGAGAGCCGUGGCGAGGGUGUCCGAGUCCAUCGCUGGCCGCCGCGCCGAGCUCGGGCGCCUCCAGGGCUUCGUCGCCGACAACGCGGCCCUCGUCUCGCUCGUCAACAGGCUCCCCGACGAACUCUCUCACGAAAUCAUGGUUCCCUUUGGCGGCGCCGCAUUUUUCCCAGGGCGUUUAAUACACACAAAUGAACUCUUGGUGCUGCUGGGUGAGGGGUACUAUGCAGAGAGGUCUGCUAAGCAGACGACUGAUAUAUUGCAUAGGAGGGGGCAGGAAUUGGAAGCUCAAGUCGAAGCAAUGAAGGCAACUAUCGCUGACCUUGAAGCUGAGGCGAAAUUCUUUGAGUCCACUGCCACCGAGGCUUCAGAGGGUCUUGUUGAAAUCAGGGAAGAGUACGAUGAGGACACAGAGACGAAUGCAUCAAAAUCAGAGGCUUCAAUUGCUAGUGGGGUUAUGUCCGAUAAAGAUAGGGAACAUGCUCGAAUCAUUGCAAGGCUAGAUGAACUCGAAAGGGAAGAAAAGGAAGCUGGAAGUACUUCUGAAGAAGAUGACGAUGAUGAUGAUGAAGAUGAAGAUGAAGAUGAUGGAGAUGCUGGAACAAGUGAGGAUGGUGAGGAAAAUAAGGAACCUGGAAAUGCUUUAAGUGAUGGCAAUGAGAACCACAGUUCUAGUUUUGGCACUUCAUUUUCUGGAAGUGGUGGCAAUGAUAGGAGUCGUGGGAUUAUCAAGCUGAAGAGUGCACUGAAGAAGCCUGGAGGAGAUGAAAUGCUGAGAGGCAUUUCUCAUACACCAUCAGCCCAUACAUCUCAUCCAGUAUUUCCUGGCCAAACUUCUAUAACAAAUUCUGAUGUCCAAGUUCGCACUAAAGCUGUAUCUUUUGAAGACGACAAAUAUGUAGUUAGUUCGUCAAAGUCUCCUCCCCUGCUACUGGAUUCAAUACAGUCUGCUCCUGGGCUCGAGAAUUCUUCAGACCCCACUCCAUCUCGUGACCGAAAGAUAAUAUCAAGUGGGCGAAAGGCCUUUACAGGAUCUAUCAUUGAGCACGACGACAAUAUUUCAACCAUUCAACCUUCUGUGGGUAAUUCAUUGGCAAAACCUGGUACUUCUGCUUCUUCAAGGCCCAUGUCAAGAUUCAAGAUGCAGAAAGGAGGGCGGUGAUUCGCUCGACACGGGGUGGAUCUUUGGUGGCUGAUAGAUGCAUCUGGGACAAUCAUGAUAAGUGGUAGUGUGGAUACUGUAACCCCUUCAAAUAGUUUGUGCGAGCUGAGCACCUGAAACUAGACAUCUUUUUGUGGAGCGAUUGUCCUCUGCGAACUGUGUAGUGCACCUUCAGUGAAACUGUUUGGGGGUACAUGGAAUGUUCAGUUAAAUUCAGUUUAGUGGUUGGUGGUGCA